GGCUCAGAUCGCUAUCGAACUCCAGCUUGAGGUGGCAGGCUCGCACGAGCUGGGCUUGUUGACAGCCCUUCCCGUCAGGGCUCAGGGCCUCGGGCUCCGCUCAUCUCUGUUUCUUUACCCCUUCCCUUCUCUCUGACUCUCCUCUUCCUUCCCUGGCGGCGACGACUGGGCGAGCGGCGGCGCCAUUCAUCACGUCUUCGCCCAGCCCUUUGCCGGCGACGAGCAUCCACCAGUAGUAGUAACCGGUGGUUUCAGCCAGACAACAAUCAUGAGUCUUGCUUGCCUUGUAUGCCAUGGCAUGAACAGCCCCUCGCACUCUCUUAGAAGCUACUCAGUGUCGAGUUCAGAGGAGGAGAGCCGAUGUGGAGCUGCUGUGGCCUGCUUAGCUCGAAGAGUAACGCCAGCUGGAACUUCUAGUGUUGGCACAUCAAAGGUGACCCCGUUUCCACCCAUGGUGACUGCUCAAAGCGCAGAGGGCACUCCACGCCUUCAACGCAGCCAUGCUGUGUCCAGGGACCUUGUUAGGGAUUGGAACUUUGAUGAAGUAAUUCUCGCAAAUUAGAGUAGCCUUAGUUCUCAGCUGGACUUUGUGCUACUUAUCUGGGAGGAGAUUCCUUCAUUUGAUGUACAUUUUUUCCUAGUAGACAUCUUGAAGUCCAUGUUAUCGUAUACCAAAAUGACUUGCUGAGAAAAUGCCCGAGAGGUGGUACCUUUCAGGAGCUAUAUUGGAUUGUUGCAGUUCUAUAUGGUCGCCUACCUGUGUAGCUAGGAUAAAUGUUUAGGGUUCCCUUUUCUAUUUUCCAACAUGGAUAAGUUGUCAUGUACCUUUAUGUAUAUUAUGAACGAAUCCAACUUCCAACCUCUGUCUAGUAUUGAAAACUAAAGUUCUGUUUUGUUGUA